GCAUGAGGACCGUGACGGUGGAAAUGUUUUUGGCGUGAAUGGGAGGGCUCCCUGUAGGGAUGGUCUGGGGAGGAGUAUGGUAUCGAGGCAGUGAGACUGCCAGUACAGAUGCUCAGGAGACGGAAACCCUUGAAAUAAGAAUACAGGGUGGUGAGGGGGUGGCUUUGGUGCCAGGAUUUGGAGCUGCCAUAGUUAAGGCAGAGGCUGACGUAGCCCCAGCCGCCUGUUUCUAGACCAGAGCUCCAUCGUGGUGCCAAGGAGCCUCCCUGUGCUGCAUAGGUCCCUGGGCCCUGGGGGACUAGAAUGAGUCCUCUCCUUGGGGCCCUGGGUGGGAGGCAGGAGGAUAUACAGAGGAAGGAGCUGUGAGGCCUGGCUGCCUAGUACUUGGCCCUUUUUCCCCAGUGGGCAGCGUGGAGCAGAGAGGAGCCCAGGGUAAAUCUGGUGCAAAGAGAUAGAAGAGCUUGCCGAGAUGUGAGCGCCCUGGGUGUAGGUGCUUAACUUUCAUUUUGAAGAUGAGGAAAUGAAGUCACUUGCCCCAGAGAACAUAUCUAGAGUCGGGUGCUGUGCCCGGGAGGUGCUAGUCCCUCAGGGGCCCCUGUAUCGCGUGGCUGGCACAGCCAUCUCCAUCUCCUGCAAUGUCACUGGCUACGAGGGCCCUGCCCAGCAGGACUUCGAGUGGUUCCUGUACAGGCCUGAGGCCCCAGAGGCUGCCCUGGGCAUUGUCAGUACCAGGGAUACCCGAUUCUCCUAUGCUGUCUUUGGGCCCCGAGUGGCAGCUGGUGAGGUACAGGUGCAGCGACUGCAGGGUGAUGCCGUGGUGCUCAAGAUUGCCCGCCUGCAGGCCCAGGAUGCUGGCAUUUACGAGUGCUACACACCCUCCACUGAUGCCCACUACCUGGGCAGCUACAGCGGCAAAGUGGAACUGAGAGUUCUUCCAGAUAUGCUGCAGGUGUCUGCUGCCCCCCCAGGGCCCCGGGGCCGUCAGGCCCCAGCUUCACCCCCUCGCCUGAUGGUGCACGAGGGGCAGGAGCUGGCACUGGGCUGCCUGGCACGGACGAGCACGGAGAAGCACACACACCUGGCCGUGUCCUUUGGGCGAGCUGUGCCCGAGGCGCCAGUGGGGCGAGCAACUCUGCAGGAAGUGGUGGGACUCCGGCCCGACAUGGCCGUGGAGGCCGGAGCUCCCUAUGCUGAGCGGCUGGCGGCAGGGGAGCUGCGGCUGGGCAAGGAGGGGACUGAGCGCUACCGCAUGGUGGUGGGGGGCGCCCAGGCGGACGACGCAGGCACCUACCACUGCACUGCCGCUGAGUGGAUUCAGGAUCCCGACGGCAGCUGGGCCCAGAUUGCGGAGAAGAGGGCUGUCCUGGCCCAUGUGGACGUGCAGACGCUGUCCAGCCAGCUGGCAGUGACAGUGGGGCCUGGGGAACGUCGGAUCGGCCCAGGGGAGCCCUUGGAGCUGCUGUGCAAUGUGUCAGGGGCCCUGCCCCCAACGGGCCGUCAUGCCGCCUACUCCGUGGGCUGGGAGAUGGCACCUGCGGGGGCACCUGGGCCCGGCCGCCUGGUUGCCCAGCUGGACACGGAGGGUGUGGGCAGCCUGGGCCCUGGCUACGAGGGCCGGCACAUUGCCAUGGAGAAGGUGGCUUCCAGAACCUACCGGCUACGGCUGGAGGCUGCCCGGCCCGGGGAUGCGGGUACCUACCGCUGCCUCGCCAAGGCCUAUGUCCGAGGGUCUGGGGCCCGGCUUCGGGAAGCCGCCAGUGCCCGCUCCCGGCCCCUCCCCGUGCACGUGCGUGAGGAAGGUGUGGUGCUGGAGGCUGUGGCCUGGCUAGUGGGAGGCACAGUGUACCGCGGGGAGACGGCCUCCCUGCUCUGCAACAUCUCCGUGCGGGGCGGCCCCCCCGGGCUGCGGCUGGCUGCCAGCUGGUGGGUGGAGAGGCUGGAGGACGGGGAGCUGAGCUCUGCCCCUGCCCAGCUGGUGGGUGGCGUGGGCCAGGACGGUGUGGCAGAGCUGGGGGUCCGGCCCGGAGGAGGCCCCGUCAGCGUGGAGCUGGUGGGGCCCCGAAGCCAUCGGCUGAGACUGCACGGCUUGGGGCCCGAGGACGAAGGCGUGUACCACUGUGCCCCCAGCGCCUGGGUGCAGCACGCUGACUACAGCUGGUACCAGGCGGGCAGUGCCCGCUCAGGGCCUGUCACGGUCUACCCGUACACACAUGCCCUGGACACCCUGUUUGUGCCCCUGCUGGUGGGUGCAGGGCUUGCCCUAGCCAUCGGAGCCACCAUCCUGGGCUCCAUCACCUGCUGCUUCAUGAAGAGGCUGCAGAAACGGUGAUCCCUCACACCCCAGGUGUGACUAUCUUCCAGCCCAGCCGCAAGCCCGCCUCUGGUGUCUGAAUACCCUCUCCCUCUGCCUGCCCUUCCUUUAAUUUAUUUGACCUACUCCCACCCAGAGUGGGGGACACGGCCCCCAUGCCCCACUCCUUCCUUCCCAAGCUCCUCCCUCUGGCCUUCUGUUCAUGAUCUCAUACAUAGCCCAAAGGGAGGCCGUUCCCUGUCCUAGAAUUAGUUUUUCUAAAAUGUGAAUAAACUUGUUUUAUAAAAUCCA